AUGGCUAAAAGCUUACGGAGUAAGUGGAAAAGGAAGAUGCAUGCUGAAAAGAGAAAAAAGAAUGCCCCCAAAAAGCUUAUCAGACUUAAAAGUAUUCUUAAAGUAGAUACUGAUGUUCUAAUGAAAGAUGUUCAAGAGAUAGCAACCGUGGUGGUCCCCAAACAUUCUGAAGAGAAAACCCAGUGUGUGGUGAAAGAUGAAAAAGAUGACAUGAAAAUGGAGACUGAUAUUAAGAGAAAAGAAAAGAGUCUUCUAGACCAGAAUGGACAGUACCCCAUUUGGAUGAACCAGAGGCAAAGAAAAAGACCGAAGGCAAAGCGAAAGAAAGGGAAGGGGGAAUACAUCGCAAAGGCAGUGAAGGCGGCUAAGGGUCCGGCCUGGUAG